CUCUAGUAUACCUUUAUACCAAUAUAUAAAAGAACAACAUUUUUUUCCUGUAGAUCAUGUCUGUUUUGCAGUUCUUGGCUUAUUUUUGUUUUAUGGUCGCCUUUGGUCCAAUGGUUCUUGGUGAUCAAACUGGGAAAAGUGAGCCUAUGGAAGACGAUGAGCAGUGCUCAACAUGCGACUUCCGACAGCAUAUUAAACUAAUAAGAAUAAAUGCGAUCAAGUCGCAAAUUCUAAGCAAACUUCAAUUGAAGCAAGCUCCUAAUAUUAGCCGAGAUGUUGUAAAACAGCUACUACCCAAGGCACCACCCUUGCAGCAACUUCUUGAUCAGUACGAUGUACUUGGAGAUGAUAAUAAGGAUGGAAUUAUGGAGGAAGACGACGAACAUGCCAUCACGGAAACUAUCAUUACGAUGGCCACUGAACCGGAAUCAAUCGUACAGGUAGAUCGGACUCCAAAGUGUUGCUUUUUUCCCUUCACUCCGAAGAUUCAAGCUAACCGGAUUGUCCGGGCUCAACUCUGGGUGCACCUUCGACCUGUUAAUGAAGCCACCACAGUGUUCCUGCAAAUCUCCCGCCUGAUGCCUGUCUCAGACGGGGCCAGACAUAUUCGAAUCCGGUCAUUAAAGAUCGACAUUAGUACUGGAAUGAGCUCUUGGCAAAGUAUAGAUGUGAAACAAGUAUUGACUGUGUGGCUGCGACAGCCUGAGACGAACUGGGGUAUCGAGAUAAACGCAUUUGAUUCGAAAGGGAACGACUUGGCCGUAACCACCGCAGACUCGGGCGAAGAGGGCCUGCAACCGUUCAUGGAGGUUAAGAUAUCCGAGAGCCCUAAGCGCUCCAGGAGGGACUCUGGGUUGGACUGUGACGAGAACUCGCCCGAAUCCCGAUGCUGCCGGUACCCGCUGACUGUCGACUUUGAAGACUUUGGCUGGGACUGGAUUAUUGCUCCGAAGCGCUACAAGGCUAACUAUUGCUCUGGUGAGUGUGAGUACAUGCACUUGCAGAAGUAUCCACACACACACCUGGUAAACAAGGCCAACCCCAGAGGCACUGCAGGCCCCUGCUGCACCCCCACCAAGAUGUCCCCCAUCAACAUGCUCUACUUCAACCGCAAAGAACAGAUCAUCUACGGCACAAUUCCCUCCAUGGUGGUGGACAGAUGUGGCUGCUCAUGAACUAGAGCCCCUAAUUCUGACAAUUCCAUUCACCAAGAACAGUGCUUUCUGCAGAACAAAUAGAGCAAAACAGUGGAAAGUCAAAGAACUGCAACGGCAAUUUGUUGAGCGGUGCUUGACCAAAAUACAUGUCUUGAUCUGAUGGUUUAGGUUGUUUUCUUUCUCUAUUUCAUAAUCAAAUAUUUGCCAUGGAGGCUUGUUACAGGGUCGGUGUAAGAACCAAGUGCUUACUGGACUCGGGAGUACACCUAGUCAAAAUCACAACAUUCUUUCACAUUCUUUCCAUGCUACCAAGCUUUUAGGGCAAAUGCUAAACUUUUGGUUUGAUAAUCCCUGUGGACUUUGAAAGCAUUUUGGAGAACAGUUAAUGAAGAGUUACCGAAACUUGCCUUAAUGUACAUUGUCAUAACAACCCAUAUACCUACAGUACAUACAUCCAAAUAUAUAUUUUAAUCAUAGCUUCACUGUCAUCCAACUGCUUAAACCACUGACACACUUGAAUUAUUCUUAUUCUAAAUUAACCAUACUCAAAAGGAAGACUGAACCAGAGGCACAACAAAUGCAGUGUACAGUAUAAACUGAGAUAUGUUAAAGGCAAAUUAAUCAAUUUUCGCUGUAAAGUAUGUAUGAAUAUCAUACAAACUCAUACAAAACAACAUCGUUUGCACUAUGGCAAACCAAUAUAAAUAAUGGAUCGCUACAAAAGUUGUAAAAACAAUGUUUUGAUAUAUUUGAUGAUUUACGUGUUAUUUUCAUCAGGAUUUACUGCUCUCAACCACUGUAUGAGCACAACCUACCAAAGUGUAACUUUUAGUAUUUACCUGUCAAAAGUAAAGGUGCUUUUAUUUUUUGUUAUU